CCCGAAAUUAUUCUACAAGUGAAAGGACAGUAAAGCUAUGUCGUUUGUCUGUCGAAGCUGUUUGAAGCAUGGUCUGGCCCUUGCCAGUACAGUGCGGCCUAUUCCCUCCAUUGCGACACUUCCGUUAACUUUCUCUCGUGGUUACGCACGUCCACCGAAGGCUGCCAGUGCGAGGAAGUCUGCUGCGCACUCGUUAUCAAGGAAUGUCGGUAAAUCAAAGCUUCCAACAACUGGCAAGGGCAGACCUGCUGCGUCGAGCGCGAAGGGGAGGCCUGAGGCUCCCAGAGGGAAAUCCGUGGAUGCAAAGGACAAGAGAGACAAGAGAGAUAAGACUGCGGACGACAAACCGAAAGUGAAGCAGGGUAACGCAAUGACGGCCACCGCUUCCCUCCAAGCGUUCAGUAUCGAGGAGCGCAACCACCUCGACAAGGUCCUCGCCAAAAACUUAGGUUUCGAAUCAUUCAGAAUCCUACCAUCUGUCCGCGAAGCUAUCCUCGAGAAAGCCUUGUCCGACCUCGAAAUCCACAAACCAUCACCAAUUCAAGCCUUGGCGAUCCCGAAAAUCCUUAGUUUGAACUUUGCGAAAAACCUUGAGACUGCCAGGGCGUACCUCAUUGCGGCUGAGACUGGAAGUGGAAAGACGCUUGCGUAUUUGACGCCAGUUAUCGACUAUUUGAAGAGACAACAGGAACCAUAUGUGUCACCGCCGAAAUUAGUCAAGGAUGAGGAUGGAAUGUGGGAGGAGGUUGCCCGAGAGGAACCCGAGGAGCCCAAAAUUGGCGAGGCCGAGCUCAGGAAGCUCAAUCACCCUCGUGCCGUCAUCCUCGUGCCAUCAUCAGAGCUGGUGCGACAGGUCACCCAGUUGGUCAAGACAAUGUCGUACAAAGUGAAGCUCUCGUCCCUUGGUAUCGCCUCCGAAACCAAAGAUUCCAUCGUCCGUCGGAGUUUCGGUCAAUACCCCAUUGACAUCCUCGUCGCUACACCCGCCCGUGUGCAGGAUUACCUGAAGGAUGGUUUCAUCAGUCUCGAUAACACCUCUCACAUCGUCGCUGACGAAGCCGAUACUCUUUUCGAUACGUCCUUCGUGGACCUGGUGAAGCCAGUUAUAAAGGCAGCCAAGAACUUGAAGGGAUUGGUAAUGUGUUCCGCAACGAUUCCUCGUGCGCUCGACUCCUAUCUGCGCAAGGAGUACCCCGAGUGCGAACGUAUCGUCACCCCCAAGCUGCACCACGUUCCGCGAAGAAUCGAAUUUUUGAUGGUCGACACGACAUCAAACCACUUCAACGGCAGGAAGGACCUUGCCCUCUUGGAUACUCUCCGAACAAUCGCCGCGGACGGCACAGAGCCCGGUGUAAAGAAGCGCGUCAUCGUCUUCGUGAACAGACGUGAAGACGCACUGACGACAGCCAAAUACCUCGAGAAAAAGGAAUUGAACGCCAGAGUCAUCACCCGCGACACCCAAAACCGCAAAGAUGUUCUCGAGCGAUUCCUGGCCGACGAGCCACGCGACGAGAAUGCCAAGGUCUCUGAGGCCAUGAAAGUCAUCGUGACAACUGAUCUUGCAUCUCGUGGUGUGGAUACGAAGAAUGUUCGUAAUGUCAUCUUGUAUGAUGUUCCUCGCUCUUCGAUCGAGUUGAUUCACAGAGUUGGAAGGGUUGGCCGUUUCGGAAGGAGAGGCAGGGCGUAUAUGCUGAUUGGUAAGGAGCCGAAGUAUAAGCUUGCCUGGAUCAGGGAGGUUAGGGACACUGUGAGAAACGGCAGUGGGUUGGUCUAAGGGGUGAGAAUACAGUGUAGGGAGAUCGACUUGGUACCAGGU